AUGUUUUUCCAGUUUCUGAAGGCAAAUACCUGCGUGCGCACGGCUUGGGCAAACUGGUAUGCUACCUACUUGGCUUCCACGACGGUCGAUGCACCGAACAGGGAUCAAAUCAACAUCCCAAAUGUUUACGAUAACUGGAUUGCGUCCAUCGUGAAGAACAUCAAGCCGUUUUUGACGAGCCAGCUUAAUUUGCUUGUUGAAGACUACAAUGACGUUGUGAACGGUCAAGCCGGCGGAGCUCCUCUGAUCGACAUUUCCUUCUAUGUCUUGAUGGACAACAAUCAAAUUCUGAACAAGCAAGGGGACACUCUCGACACGCCGGCCACCGUCUACACGCGCCAGCAACCCGUCAGCAAGCAAGACAUCAUGGACCAGAUCAUCAAUAACGUACCCGAUAUCAUGCUGGUCAAUCUUUUGCCGACACAUUGA